AUGUCCAAGUUAUUUAUAUCUAAACUUCCAAAAACGGUCUCCGCGGAGGAAGUGAAAGAGUUUCUUGAGAACCUCAUGCCGGAAGCUACGCGCAUCCAACUACUACUCGGCUCUCAGCACCACGAGCAUAAGGGGUACGCCUACGCGCAUUUUGCAGGGGAGGAGGCAGCCACAGAGGCAUUACAACGUCUUUGUGGUGAUGAGCCACCAUCCCUGCACGGCGUGGCGAUUACGGCAAAGCGCGCCAGUCGUGUCUCAGACGCGGUGGAAAGCGACGUGACGCCAUUGCCGGCGGCGUUGGCACAUUUUAGCCACUCGCAAUGCGUAACGGUUGCACCCCCUUCACUCGUGGAUGAACUUAAUGGUGUUGUGGCUCGUUGUAGUGUAAACGACAAUUUGGAGGCGGUAGCGUUUGCUACGGGGGCGGAAGCUGCGGCAUGUGUGGCAUCGAGUGGAGGACGGGUGGUGAAAUGUACGCCUCCGCGGCUACCGGAGUUACUCGCCUCUCGUGAAGCAACAAAGCGAAGGCGCGAGGAGCCACCGGUAGUGAAGUCAGGUGAGGCAGCAACGGAGGGAAGCGCCGGGGAUAUCGUGACCGCUUACGAGCGACUCGGUUACACCGCGUUAUCGCCUUCGCAGUUGCUUCAGCUUGUGGAAGAUUUUUUAGAGGGCCGUGGACGAGUCGCGGUUCAAGACCGUGAGGGACAUGUGGCGUUGCUAAAUCUCCCAGCGUAUAUUUCUGCGCUGGAGUAA